AUGGAAAUCCACCAGGUACCAGAUAUUUUUCAACCGAAACCUGUUCGCGUUUCGCAGUUAACAAACUACCAGCAGCGUUCGAAGGCAGCGCCCAACUAUGGCAGAACCGUUCCUCGCAUGCGCACCAUCCCCCUCGUGUGGCAAGCCGUUAAGGAUACGUUCUACGAUUUUGCAUCCAUUUCAAAAGUACACGGCAUGUACUAUCUGCAGCGGCAAGCUACGAGUGGCCUGGUGCGUUUACUGUGGAUCGUGAUCAUAGUGGUCUUUUUUGGGUUCGGCGUGGCGCUCAUAUUUCUGUUGUGGCAAAAGUUUAUCGAUUCACCUACCCGCAUGACCAUCGCGUCCGAGAUGAAGAUUAUGCAGGUGCCAUUCCCGGGCGUCACCCUGUGUCAUCCGCAGAGUGUGGUAGACUACAAGGCGGCACAGUUCGUAGAGAAAAUCAAAUUUCCACUCGGAGCCACCAAGGAGUCCAUCUUGAAGGGUCUGCCAUCGCUCGGCUACUUCACCGAGCACCAGUGGACGUACCCGCGACCACAGGACCUGAAGAUGAUCGAUAAGGUGCUGCAACUGAACAACUACACCAUCGAGCGGGCGAUCGAUGAGCUCGGCAUGAUCUGCCAGGACUUUAUAGUCGUGUGCUACUGGGCCGGUAAGAAGUUUCCCUGCUUCGGGAAGCACUCCUUCCUUGGGUGGAUCGGCUCGACCAGCCAUUACGGGGCGUGCUGCUCGUACAACUAUCAUCCGAAUGUGCGCGGUAGCAGCAGAACACCCUUCGCCGUUAACACAUACGGCAUCCAUGGUGGACUCAGUGUCAUUGGGACUGGAUACCCUCAGGCAUCGGAUGGCAAAUCGGGAGCACUCUACUCCGAAGGUUUCAUGCUCAUGAUACACCAUCCGCACGACUUCGCCGUCGAGGCGUCUCCACUGACACUUCUGCGGCUCGGGAAGGAAACGUUCGUCAAUGUCCUACCAACGGAUUCACGCUGCUCCGAGCAGGUGCUAUCGCUGCCCCAGAGCCAACGGGACUGCAUCGUCGGCAGCGACUUUAAUCCACCGGUGGAAAACUAUCGCCAGCCGGCCUGCACACUGGAAUGCCUACGAAACGAAGUGUACCGGAAAUGCGGCUGCCAUCCGUUCCAUUUGCCUCGACCGGUAGGUAUGGCUAAUGGACGGGGCAUACGAAACUGUACUAUCUUCGAUUCGAUUUGUUUUGUAGAAAAUUACUAUAUGUUCAAACGAUUAAAAUGUAACUGCUUGCCGGCAUGCAGCGACGUAACUUAUAAGACGGCAUCGGUUGUGUCCGAUUUUUCCGCCCAUAAUUUUACCAUCAAUCCAUUCUACAAGGAAACCAAUCUGACUAAAUUUGAGUUUAUUUUUCAUAUCUUCAUGAGCAACCAAGUCGUCGCAGCCAACAGAAGAAUCGUCGUUGUGUCUUGGAUUUCACUGCUUUCUAAUCUUGGUGGUGCAUUCAGUUUGUGUCUCGGAAUAAGCGUUCUUUCGCUAUGCGAGGUACUUUUUUUCAUGUUAUUUCGGUUCCGGAAAGUAUACUUCAAAUUAAAGCAUCAACAAGAGCAACAGAUAAAAGUCGUUGCACCGUUGGCCCGUCUGCAACGAUUCGAACUGCCGGUGAAAUCAACAAUCAUAAAAUAA